GUCCGACUCAUGAACUCGAUUUGAUCUCACCGAGGUCUGCUGAUGUCCGGAUAGUGGUAAAGAAGCUGUUUGGCUUGAGCUGUAUUCUUCCGGAAAGCAAUAUAAAAGUGAUGGACUCGAACGCCCAAUUGCUCAAGGCAGGUCUCCAUCGUUCAAUCGCUCAUCUGUUGUCAGUCGCUGCUCAAAGAAAUCCUCGAGAGGUUCAUCUGUUCCCAUCAAUAUGAAGGUCGCCGCUAUCGCUUCGUUGCUGGCUGCAACAGCCAUUGCAGCUCCCACAGAGAUGCUUGAGGCCCGGCAGGCAGUCGGUAACAGUGCAAGUGAGCUUGAGAGCGGUGCAUGCCGACCUCUGAUCCUCAUCUUCGCCCGUGGCUCAACUCAGCCCGGAAACCUGGGCGACCUUGGUUCAGCCACGUGCAAUCAGCUCAAGACCGCAUAUGGAAGCACUCGCGUAGCCUGUCAAGGUGUUGGCGGAGCGUACAGCGCUUCUCUGGCUGCCAAUAUCCUGCCAGAAGGAACCACAUCUGGAGCUUGGAAUGAAGCCAUCAGACUUUUCAAUCUGGCCAGAAGCAAGUGCCCCAACUCGAAAGUAGUUGCAGGUGGUUACAGCCAAGGAGCAGCGGUCAUCACCGCCAGCGUGCGACGUCUUCCGGCAGCCAGCAAGACAAACCUGGCCGGCAUCGUCAUGUUCGGAAGCACGCGCACGGAUGAAGAGGGAGGACGUAUUCCUGGCUACCCGGCGGCCAACACACUCAACAUCUGUGCUUCGAACGAUGGAGUCUGUGAUGGCGGUCUUGAUGUGUCACCAGGUCACUUGGCCUAUGCAGAUGACGUGCCAACUGCCGUGAACUUCUUGCGCGGACGUGUGACGGCGGCUGGCGGCAUCUAGAUGAGAUUACCGUGGAGGAGAAACGCAGCUUCGAUGUAGUGCAGAAUAGCGGCCUGAAUUGAACCUGCCUGGACUGAAUUAGCUUGCACACAGUUAUCUUCGCAAAGUUGAACAGCGUCAUGUUGUGCUCCGCGUAUGGUUAUGGGUCAUGCCGUACAGACAUCUCCGUGUGCUGGGAGCGGUCGAGGAAAGCGGUGUGCUCCAUGUCGUGACUGCCGCGAAGCAAUGUACUUCAGCGUUUCUCCCAUGGCGCAGCCUCCAUAUUCUGAGCUUGCAGUUCUCGCUGUCAUUUAAGGAGUUGCGCAGAAGGACAAGAUGAGAUGCAGUCUAGAGCUGUGGGGUUGAUGGGCAUGGUUUGUUCCUC